AUGGCUUUGCUUCUGAGUGUUGCCUGCGUAUAUGUGGCGUCUGGAACCACCCCACCAGAAGAACUUCAACCUAGAGAUUCUGAAGAUAAUGCUGAUAACUGCAAUCUUGAAUUACGUGGUUCUACUAAUUCUCGUUGCCCUACUAAAUCAAAAGAAGCUGCUGCUGCUCCUUCUCUUGCUGCUGGUCCUGCUGGUCCCCCAGGUCAACAAGAUAUUCCGGGUAAAGGUUCUUCUGCAUCCAUUUCUUCUGGUAGUGGUAUUCAGGAUGUAGAACAGCAAAAGGGCCAAGAGGGUUUAAAUGGCCAUAACUCUGAGAAAAGUGUCAGCAGCGGUACAACAACUGAUCUUGCCAUGCCAAAUCAGGGAGGUGUUCAAUCACAAAAAGACACUGAGGAAGAAGAUACAAAACUUAAGAAUGCUGCCAAAGAGAAAGAUGCUCUUUCAGAUGACGAUAAAGGAGACGCCGAGAAAAAUGAUUCUCAAAGUAAUGCAAGCAGUACUACACAUACUACAGGGAAACCAACUGAAUCUUCACAAUCAGAAGAACCUGCAGCAGCCACACCCCAAAAUACAGAUGAUACUCCUUCUGGCAGUUCAACUGUGGAUAAUCCAGUGGGUUCAGAUGCUGCAAACAAUGUGAGUAUCGCUGCCACUUCAGGGAGUGAGGGUGUGUCAACAAGUACCCAAGAAGGUGCAGGAAAUACAGAUACAACCACCACCACCACAACAACAACAACAACACUUCCGCCUGAACUCACAAACAACAAGAAGGGUGAUGCAGACAGCAGCAGCAGUAUCAGCAGUUCUGUGUGGGUGCGUGUACCACUACUGAUUGUGGUUACAAUGGCCUGUAUUCUUGUGUACUGA